AUGAAGACUACUUCUAAAUCGCACACGGACGACCGCAGAGUGAGAGAGCUGUAUCGCUAUUACCAGCCUCUGGUGCAGGAAUCCCUCGCCCCGUCUUGGCUGCCGCCAGGUGCCGAUGAUUUACCCUCGUCCGACCCCGCCAGCACAGUCCAUACUCCGAGUGCGGAUGGCUCGGCCAACUCCAACAGCAGCGCGACUUCGCAGCCGUCCACCGCGACCGGCCCGGAGUCGUUGAUCCUUGGCACCUCGAACAAUACCCUGACAUCCUUCGCACAGCUGGCCGCGGUUCGUCUGAAUGUGGACCGGGCUCUCAUUUGCGUGUUAGACCGCGACGCGCAAUUCGUACUGGCCGAAGCUACACCCUCUCUCAACCUCAACGAAACGACUAUCCAUGACCACGACGAUGAAUUCUGGCUGGGAUCCACGGGUAGCCGCAAGGCUUGGCCCAUAUUUCAGGAUACUGUCGCGUUACCUACCUCCGAUCGCCAGAAUGCGCAGCAUCACUUCCUGGAGGUCAAAGACAUGAGCCAGCAUGCGCGCUUCAAGCACCUUCCGUUUGUCGAGAACCAACCGCACUAUAAAUUCUACGCCGGAGUCCCGUUGACAACCGAGAAGAACAUCAAUUUGGGAUGUUUUUGCGUUCUAAGCUCGGAGCCUCGCGAGGGAUUGACGGCAUUGGAACAGGAUACUUUGGGGUCUUUGGCGUCACUCGUGAUGGAUUAUUUCAAAGUCAGCCGCCAAGCCUCCGAGGGUCGACGUGCCGCUCGUCUGUCCCGUGGUCUUGCCUUUUUCGUCGAGGGCAGUUCGAGUUUCGUAGAUAACUUCGAUCCGUCCUGCACCGGCAGUUCCGUCCAUCCUUCAACCACUCACCCAUCAAGCUCUCUCCGAUCGACGAACCAGCGCAUCAGUUUCUCUGGUGGAUCACGCGAGCACAGCCUCGGAAAUGCACCUCAGAUUCCAUCUCAUAGUCCGGGCAACGACCGGUCAUCAAGUAACGACUCUCGAUCUCUGAGCUCUGGAGCUUCUGUCUCGAAAUUAGAGACUGGAGGCUCCUCCGAUUAUGUGACGGGCUCUCUCCCUGAGUGGUUACCCGGCACCAGCCGAAACCAGCUACCUCCAGAUGACUCCCAUGCCAAUUCCUGGUGUUUCCGGCGGGCUGCGAACCUGCUUCGCGAGAGCCUUGAUUUAAGUCGAGACGGCGGGGUCAUCUUCCUGGAAGCGAACAGUUCCCCCAUGCUGGAAAGCGAUCACGGGAAUGAUUGCUCCAGUGACUCGGGCGGCCCUGCGCCCAUCUUAUCCAUGUCGACUUACGACGAUCCAUUCUCUCCGCGUGCCGGUUCCACAGUCUCUUGCGCGGCCGCCAAUCUUGAUCGGUCAUUUUUGCAGACGCUUCUUCGGCGCUACCCAAAGGGCAAACUGUGGUCUUUCCAUCGGGACGGUCUGAUCUCGACGUCCGACGACGACGACGACCAGCAUGUGCUCCAUAGAGGGUCACCCACUGGUAGCAAUAACCGAUCGCCGUCUGGAGGUGCUCCGACCAUUGAGGUAUCGAAGCCCGUGAGACGGCGACGAAAGGCGGCGGAAAAUUCUAUGCUCAAUAAGUAUUUCCCCAAGGCCGCUCAAAUCAUGUUCGUUCCGCUGUGGAACGCAGCCACUUCGCAGUGGUUCGCUGGCUGUUUCUGUUGGAGCACCACGGAGACACAGGUCUUUACUUCUGCCGUGGAGUUGAGUUCUGUUCUCGGCUUUGGGUCUUCCAUCAUGGCCGAGUAUAGUCGGGUGGAGUCACUUAUUGCCGAUCGCCAAAAGGGCGACUUUAUUGGAAGUAUUUCCCAUGAACUUCGAAGCCCGCUUCAUGGAAUUUUGGCCGCAGCCGAGUUUCUGCAUGGCACCAAUAUGAAUGAAUUCCAGGAGUCCUUGCUCGAGACCAUCAAUUCUUGUGGCAGGACGUUGUUGGAUACGAUGAACCAAGUUCUCGACUUCAGCAAAAUAGUCUCGCUCGAACGCACAUGGCAAUCAAUGAAGCGCAGAAAGGAAUCUCCGCUUGAUUUCAAAGGGACAGAUAAGUUGGCUGCCCAUCUGGACAGCUACGUUGUGACGGACCUCGCUGUCUUGGCCGAAGAAGUGGUGGAGGGCAUUUGCCUUGGUCACGCUUACGGCCAGAGUUCUACCGCCUCAGCCGAUCUCCCCGUGCUGAUGGCACACAACGCCGCCAGAACGCCGGCGGCGAGGUCCAAUGUGGACGUGAUCAUUGAUGUGGCACAUCACAACUGGAUCUACCGUACCCAGCCCGGUGCUCUGCGCCGUAUCAUUAUGAAUGUUUUUGGCAAUGCCAUGAAGUACACGGAUGCUGGUCGGGUUUCGAUUCGCUUGGAGGCACAGGGCCACUCUGAGGGCCGUUCUCGGCGGCAAGGCUUGGAGGACCUGGUUACGUUGACCAUCUCCGAUACGGGCAAAGGCAUCUCGGAGGAGUUUCUUCGGGGGCGACUCUAUACUCCUUUUGCUCAGGAGGACUCGCUGGCUGUAGGCACAGGCCUUGGCCUGUCCAUCGUUCGGAGUCUCGUCAAGGCCCUUAAUGGAAACAUUCGCAUUCGCAGCCGUCCUGGUGAAGGUACUGUUGUGCGGGUAUCUCUACCACUGGCACGACCUGUUGGCGAAGAGAGCCCACCCAUCGAACCUCAUGGGCCCCUUUUGCAUCAGAAGGAAACUCUGGCGCAGACCUAUAUGCUCCAAGAAGGGUACUCUGGCAAACGGGCCGCUAUCUGGGGCGUUGAUCCUGCCCACGCAUUGGAUUCCUCCUGGAAUGAGAUUGUCCGAUAUUUCACCGACUGGUUUGGCUUCGAACUUGUCCCUUGGCGAUCUCACCAGUCCAUUGAUGUGCUCGUCAUAGAUGAGCAGGAUCUACCCGCACUUCGUUCAUCCGGCCCCUCAACGUCAACUUUAUCGGCACUGCUUAUCCUUUGCCACAGGUCGGUGGAUUACAGCGUGGUGUGCUCCGAAUGGUUACCCCUUGCCUCCUCUGUCGAUAUCAUCCGGCGUCCAUGUGGGCCACAUAAGCUGGCCCGGAGCAUUCUCAAAUGCCUGCAGCAUCUGCAGCCCGGGGCUGUUUCCCCGUCGAUUCCUCAGGAUCGAAUGGACCUGCCGAUUCGAACGUCAGCUGCGCAGUCGACAGUCGGGUCCGAUGUUGCCGAUGAUUCUGCCACUACUAUUCUGGCAGUCUCCCCGCCCCCCACUCCACGCACAGAGCGUGACGAGAUCAUCGGGAAUGGUCCCAUAUCCACCGAGGAACGAAGCCCAGAUGGCCCGUCCGUGGUCACCCCACCACCAGAAAUAGUCGCCGCGGCUCCUCUACCACCACCUUUAGCUGAAGGGUCCGUGAACUCCCGGCGUCUGGCGCGUGUCCUCGUCGUCGACGACAACCGCAUCAACCUCAAUCUGAUGAUGACCUUCAUGCGGAAGCGCAAGCUGACGGAGUUGGAUGCUGCCGAGAACGGCAAGCAGGCCGUCGAAGCCGUCGAAGCGAUGCCGAAUGGUUACAACAUCAUCUUCAUGGACAUGUCCAUGCCUGUCAUGAACGGGUUUGAGGCCACACGCGCCAUCCGCUCUCUGGAACGUGAGCGUGAUGGCUAUGGGCCAGCUAUUAUCAUCGCCUUGACAGGACUCAGUAGCUCGCGUGAUGAAUCUGAAGCCUUGGCCUCGGGUGUUGAUCUAUUCCUGACAAAACCUGUCUCCUUCAGGGAAGUAGCUCGCCUUCUGGAGGAGUGGGAGAAGGACGGUCUGGUGAAUGAGCGCAAACGAGUUCUUUGA